AUGGGCGAGCUCCCGUUCAGUGUUCCAGCGGCCUUGCAUCCGGACCACCUGUGGAUCUGGCGCAAGUCCGUGUAUGUGGACGAGAACCAGCGCACAUGGCUGCCCAUAUCCAUCAAGACAGAGGAUAGCCUCCGAGUGCUCUUACGUCAGGAAGACAUCCCCCGGGGGGAGGCCAUGCGCCCCAGCCAGCUGCCCCCGAGCCCGCUGCCUCUGAUGUGGCAGCUCUACCCUGGCAGACGGUACCGAGGCUCAGACUCCAGUUUCUGGCGUAUAGUGUUUCACAUUGAGUUCAGCGGUGUGGAGGACUUGCUCCUUGAGAAGCUGCCAGACCCCGAGUCCUAG